AGCAGCGAACACUCGCGAGCGUCUAACAUUCCGGAAACGGAGGCACGAGGCGAGGAACACAUUCCCCCACCGGCUCCGUCUCUUUGUCCAUCAUCCACCUCCCCGCUGCAGCGACACACACAGCGACGCCAUGGCGACUGUUGUAGACACCAAACUCUACGACAUCCUCGGAGUGUCUCCGUCCGCCACCGAGAACGAGCUGAAGAAGGCAUACCGGAAACUGGCGAAAGAAUACCACCCUGACAAGAACCCAAAUUCUGGUGACAAGUUCAAAGAAAUCAGUUUUGCCUAUGAGGUGCUGACCAACCCUGAAAAGAAGGAGCUCUAUGACCGCUAUGGAGAACAAGGCUUGCGGGAAGGAGGUGGGGGUGGCCCGGGGAUGGACGACAUCUUCUCCCACAUCUUUGGCGGUGGACUUUUUGGAUUCAUGGGUGGCCAGGGGAGUCGCUCAAGGAAUGGAGGUCGGAGGAGAGGAGAGGACAUGGUCCAUCCACUCAAGGUGUCACUGGAGGAUGUUUACAAUGGGAAGACAACUAAACUUCAACUUAGCAAGAAUGUACUGUGUAGCACUUGUAAUGGGCAGGGAGGUAAGACGGGCGCCGUACAAAAAUGUACAACAUGUAGGGGGCGUGGCAUGCGCAUCAUGAUCAGACAGCUGGCCCCCGGAAUGGUCCAACAGAUGCAGUCUGUGUGCACCGAUUGUAACGGAGAAGGUGAAGUUAUCAGCGAGAAAGACCGCUGUAAAAAAUGUGAGGGCAAGAAAGUCGUGAAAGAGGUGAAGAUUCUCGAGGUGCACGUGGACAAAGGCAUGAAGCACGGCCAGAAAAUUACCUUCGGAGGGGAGGCUGACCAGGCACCUGGCGUCGAGCCCGGGGAUAUAGUCCUUGUCCUGCAGGAAAAAGAGAAUGAGACAUUCAGGCGAGAGGGCAACGACCUGUUCAUGAACCACAAGCUCGGCCUGGUGGAGGCGCUGUGCGGCUUCCAGUUUAUGCUGAAACACUUGGACGACAGGCAGAUUGUUGUGAAGUACCCUGCUGGCAAAGUCAUUGAACCAGGCUCGGUCAGGAUGGUGCGAGGAGAGGGCAUGCCACAGUACCGAAACCCCUUUGAGAAGGGAGAUCUGUACAUCAAGUUCGAUGUCCAGUUCCCAGACAACAACUGGAUCAGCCCUGAAAAACUUGUGGAGCUGGAGGACAUGCUGCCCUCUCGGUCGGAGCCACCCAUCAUCACUGCGGACACGGAGGAGGUCGACCUGCAGGAUUACGACGUGAGCCAGAGCUCGACAUCUGGGAGCCGCAGAGAGGCCUACAACGACAGCUCCGACGAAGAGGGCGGCCACCAAGGGCCGGGGGUCCAGUGUGCCCACCAGUAGUCUCUCACCUAAACACACAUGUGACCCACGUUCUACUUGGCUGAGAAAAUGUAUGAGUUGCAGAGUAAACAAGGAGGUAGGUCAGACUGAAAAGGCUCUGCGGUUCCUCGGACACAGAUCAAAAUAUACAUGUUGAAUCAUGGCACCUGGAGUUAUUGAUUAAUGUUAUUGUGUGCCGGGAUUAUUUUGAUCUUUGUCCGAAGAACUCGCACUGGGGCAGCCAAAGAAUUAUUACACUGCACCUGAAACCGAUUUAGACACUUUAAACUGCAGCUUCAGGUAGAAGUCAUAUAAUGUAUUUAAGAUGUAUCAAAAACAAAUGGUUGCCCCUGUGAAUGCCACUUAGGACUGUGAUCUGGUGUUCAAGGUGAACCCCUCGCCCCUCUACUCCUCCGUCUCCCCAAUCUAAAGUCCGUUCCCCUCCGCGAGUGGGAACUCCAGAUCAGUCGAAGAUAGGAAUGUUUCUUGUUUGCUGAGUGUGUGACUUGCAUUUUGUUUUCAUAGUAUUUACAAUAAUUAAUUUAAGAACUAACCAAUGUGCAUACACAGACAAAGCAGCUGGGCAAUGUGACGUGCGGAUCCUCGGACUCAUGCAUUCGUGGGUUUCUAUCCACUCAGCGCCAUUUGUAGGAUUUGUUUCUGAUUUUUACAGCUUUAUUUUCUUUGUAGGUUUUUACUUGUUUCCCCCCUCCCCCUUCUCUUUAUAUUUUAAUUACAACAGAACAUUGGUUAUUGUGUAUAUCAUUGAACUGGUUGUUGGUAAGCUUCAUCAGCUGCUGUAUUCAAAGCUGUGUGAUUUUUAAAAAAUGACAAGUGAAAAACGUGGAGCCUGUAUCUGUGCUGAGACCAUGUGCAUGUAAAAAGCUUUGGUUCCUGCACUUCUGAAACAUCAAAUAAAGCAGCACACUUCUUAAGAAAAUGUCUAUGAAGUUGUUGAAUAAAUUGUUGAAAUAUCA